UACUGUGUGAGCUGUGAUUGGUCACAGUUUGUCACAUGGUACAAGGCUAUUGUGAAUAGCCUUGUACCAUGUGACCUCUGUGAUCAUUCACAGAUUUUACUAGUAGUAAGCAAUGAUGUCAGAAGUGAGAUUUUGCUUACUACUAUUUGUGUGAUCACUGAUUGGCCAAUCAGCGAUCACAUGAUCAGGACCAGGGGCGGACUGACCAUUUGGAAACUCGAGCACUUCCCGAGGGCCCAGGCGGGCACAGGAUCGUGGUGCCGUGCGCUCCCAGGGAGCACGCACAGGCUCUAAAUGUGGGCGCUGUUUAUGAUCUGCAAUUCGCUCCUGCACUGCUCCUGUCCAGCUGUUUAUGUACAUGGACUGGACGGGAAGUGGUUAA